CGUGCUUGCAUCCAUGGAACUGAGUGUGCUGCUGUGUGUGUAGAGUGUGUGAGACAGACGGGGAGGAGAGGAGAGAGAGAGAGGGACGGAAAGGAGGUAGUGAAACGAAGAGAGAAUGACAACGUCUGAGAGGAUGGGAAAGAGAGAGAGAGAGAGAGAGAGAGAGAGAGAGAAAGAGAGAGAGGUGAAGACUGACCAGAGGGUUUGUAUGUAGUCACAUAGUCAUUUAGACACAUGGAGAUGGAUGAUGGAAAUCCACUAAGCAGACAUUGAUGGAGACGGAUGGAGAUCCAGUGAUCUACAAGGACUAAAAAAAAUCAACAACAACAACUGAUUAUCUACAUGUCGGCUCUGAAACAAGUUCCGGAAAGUUCUACAUCUUUCUUUAACUGAAGGUCUCGCCUGGUACACACACAGUGAUGAAUUCUCUGGAUAUGUGGGACAGCAUGCCUUUAACUGAGGUGUUAUCCGAUCUCCAGACGAAUUCAAGCCUCCUAAACGUCUCCACCAGCAACACCACCAACCUCACCAGCAUCACCUACUACCCGUACUACCAGCACUCGCUGCCUGUGGCAGCCAGCCUGACCGUGGCCUACCUCUUCAUCUUCCUGCUCUGCAUGGUGGGAAACGGCCUGGUCUGCCUCAUCGUGCUGGAGAACCGGCGCAUGAGAACAGUCACCAACCUGUUCAUCUUUAAUCUGGCCGUGAGUGAUCUCCUGGUGGGGGUUUUCUGUAUCCCGACUACGCUGGUGGAUAAUCUUAUCACAGGUUGGCCCUUCUCAAACACGGUGUGCAAGAUGAGCGGUUUGGUGCAGGGAAUGUCCGUCGCAGCCUCCAUCUUCACUCUAGUGGCCAUCGCCGUAGACAGGUUUCGCUGCAUCGUCUACCCUUUCCAGCCCAAACUGACCUUGCUAGUUGCCAAGGUGACCAUAGCGAUGAUUUGGGUGCUGGCAUUGGUGAUUAUGUGCCCUUCGGCGGCAACGCUGACUGUGGAGCAUAUCAAGCAUCACUUCAUGGUACACAACCUGGAUUACAACCACACAUACCCACUCUUGUCUUGCUUCGAGAACUGGACCAACCCUCACAUGAGGAAAGUCUACACCACAGUCCUGUUCGCCCACAUCUACCUGAUCCCACUCACAAUCAUCACGCUGAUGUACGGCCGCAUCGGCGUCAAGCUUUACACCACAUCGGUCAUUUCUGUGAAUGAGCAACAGGAAAGUGGCGGGGGUCAGAACGCUGCCAGACCGCUUAUCUCGCACAAAAAGAUCAAGGUCAUCAAAAUGUUGAUUGUGGUGGCCCUUCUUUUUACCCUCUCUUGGCUCCCCUUAUGGAUCCUCACGCUCUUGACGGACUAUGGAGGUCUGGACCAAGAGGAACUCGAGUUCCUCGCCGGUUAUGUGUUCCCGUUCGCACAUUGGCUGGCUUUCUCGAACUCCAGCGUUAACCCAAUCAUCUAUGGCUACUACAACGAAAACUUCAAGCGAGGCUUCCAGGCCGUGUGCAGGACCCAUUCGUGCUGCUGCUGCUGUUUUAUCAUGCCCACAGGGAGCAGAAGGGUUCACAGACCAGGCAGGGAAGACAGGAGAGAGGUGGUGGCGAACUCAAACUCUAUGCCCUUUGGAGCCAGAAACAGGGUAUACACUGAUGGUAACUUAAAGAACUCCAGAGCCAGCAUGGAUGAGGGGCAGAAGAGGGCUGGUUGCAGGCUCAGCAGCUCUGCCAGCAUGGAUGACGCCAGAUCUGAGAUGGCCAUUCAGACAAAGGGGGUUGCAAGCCAAAAAGGACUGCAAAUGGAGGACCUGGAGAAGAUCAGUCCCAUUGGCAUGACUGUGAGUCAGGCCUGGGACCAGUAGAGACCAGUAUGCAGCAACAGUCAU